GAUCACCUCCGACUUCUCACCUCAGAAAAGAAAUGACACGUGUCUGUUACUCAGUGGUCGGUCGUAUGGGUGACGUGGUGCGUGUGCCGCACCUAAGAAUAAGAUAGUAUCUGAACGGAAACCAAGAGCGCUCUCCUCCCAGGCUCUCCGUUAAUGGAGGUCUUCGCUACCUCUGCAUCCUGCCCUCAUUUCCUCGUUUCAAAAUUUCACCGGAACCCUAAUUCUGCCUCCAUCAAAACCACUCCUCAGGUGUUGAAAUGGAAAUGUCUGCCACUAGGGGUUGUAGAAGCUCGAGCGAAGUGUUCCUUAAUGCGUGCAAGGACAGGUUCUGUUAAAAGAACGAUGUGUUAUGGUCGUAGUGAUGGGUCAUCUAAACAUAAUUUAUUGCUUGGACCAAUACGGAGGUUGAACCAGAGUCUUGUUUCUCAGUGUGGUUUGUUUUCUGCAAGUUAUAGUAAGCUCAAGGAAAAGCUUAAAUUGAGGAGACUUGCCGGCAGUCUCCAUAAAGUGAUAAACUGUCCUGAAAAAUUUAGACAGCGUGUCUUUGUUCGAUUUGUUGUUGGAGUGAUGGUUGUCAUGUCGGUUUCUGUUUCUGUUAGCAAGGUUCCAUCAUGGGCUCUUACUGAAGAGAAUCUUCUGUUCUUGGAGGCUUGGAGGAUGAUUGACCGCUCUUAUGUUGAUAAAAGUUUCAAUGGACAAAGUUGGUUUCGGUACAGAGAGAAUGCACUGCGCAAUGAACCAAUGAAUAACCGAGAAGAGACAUAUACCGCAAUCAAAAAGAUGCUUGCCACAUUGGAAGACCCUUUCACUCGGUUUCUUGAGCCGGAAAAGUUCAAGAGUCUACGGUCUGGUACUCAAGGCGCUCUUACAGGCGUAGGGCUGUCAAUUGGCUACCCUACAAAAUUUGAUGGAUCAUCAGCUGGUCUAGUUGUUAUUUCAGCUGCUCCAGGUGGUCCAGCAAAUAGAGCUGGCAUCUUGUCUGGGGAUGUCAUUUUGGCAAUUGAUGAUACAAGCACCGAAACAAUGGGCAUAUAUGACGCAGCAGAGCGGUUACAGGGAUCAGAAGGAAGUUCAGUGAAAUUAACUGUUCUUAGUGGACCUGAAAUCAAGCACUUGGAUUUAGUGCGGGAGAAAGUCUCGCUGAAUCCAGUGAAGUCAAGACUAUGUGUAGUGCCGCAAUCAGGCAAGAAUUCUCCUAGGAUUGGCUAUAUCAAGCUAACAACAUUCAAUCAAAAUGCAUCUGGUGCUGUGAAGGAAGCAAUUAAAACUUUAAGGGAUAAUAAUGUUAAUGCCUUUGUGUUGGACCUUCGAGACAAUAGUGGUGGUUCUUUCCCAGAAGGAAUUGAAAUUGCCAAAAUUUGGUUGGACAAAGGCGUGAUUGUAUAUAUUUGUGAUAGUCGUGGUGUUCGUGAUAUAUAUGACACUGAUGGAAGCCAAGCAGUAGCCACUAAAGAACCCCUAGCUGUGCUGGUGAACAAGGGUACUGCUAGUGCAAGUGAAAUAUUAGCCGGGGCAUUGAAAGACAAUAAUCGUGCUGUGUUGUUUGGAGAACCUACAUUUGGGAAAGGGAAGAUUCAGUCAGUUUUUGAGCUGUCUGAUGGUUCGGGCUUGGCUGUUACUGUUGCUCGUUAUGAGACACCUGCUCACACAGACAUAGACAAGGUUGGUGUGAUUCCAGACCAUCCUUUGCCAACCUCAUUUCCGAAAGACGCAGACAGUUUCUGUAAGUGCCUCCAGGACCCUGCCUCUACUUGCAACAAGGUGGAACUAUUUGCAAGAUGA